AUGGAGUCGGGCCACAUUAUCCAAGCGCGUGAGGCUGCUUCUGCAGGCAAGUAUCGCCUUGACACGACAACGCCUCCCGUCGACGACCCGACGAGCGGCAACGAGUCUCCGAUAACAUCACCUAUCACUUCGCCACCGUAUUGGGUUCAAUCGCAUCAGCGAUCAGUCUCCAACAUAUCAGUCGAAUCGAUUCCCAAUGGAGCCAUAAUUCUACAAGACAAUACCGAUGGGGAGGACUCAAAGAAUAAAGCAUGCUGGGCGAAGAGCGUUGAGAUCACGGACUAUGUAGUCGUUAAUGGAAGCAGAACGGGCAUUGGGGCAUUCGUUGUCUGGAAUAUCACAGUGGACACUCUGCGGGGUGGUUCGAUGCGUAUCAGGAAACGAUAUUCGGAAUUCCACGAUCUGCGAGACAGACUCCUUCAGACGUUCCCAAACUCCACGGCAGCCAUGCCACCGCUCCCACCGAAAAGCGUCAUCUCGAAGUUUCGACCAAAGUUCUUGGAGAAUCGUAGAAGUGGCCUCCAAUAUUUUCUCAAUUGCAUCCUCCUGAACCCCGAAUUUUCUGGCUCCCCAGUCCUGAAAGAGUUCUUGUUCUCUUGA